AUGGCGCUUGCCGACUUUUCAAACUCGUCCAAGCAGAUGGCCCACGUCGAGUCGUGUUGGACUGGCACAUCGGUGCCAAGUGCUGUUUCUUUCCACAGCUGCCACGUCAUGGGAACUGCAGACGACUUUAGUUGCGAGACACAGGGCUCGUACUUCAAAUAG